AUGGGAACAUCUCAAAGAACAACAUUAGUAAACACUGUGUGUUGUUUAAUUAUUGUGUUGUUUUCUCUCACUGUUACUGUUGUGGUUGGUGAUUUAAUAACAGAUCAGAAGAAUCUUACAGCUAAAUCUAAAGAUGAAGUGAAGUGCACGCCGUGUGGUGAAGUUUCGUCGCCGCCGCCACCUUCUCCUCCUCCGCCGUCUCCGCCUCCAGCUUCCACGAGUAACUGUCCUCCGCCUCCUUCUCCUCCGAGCUCCGGCGGUGGUGGUGGUGGUUCAAAUUAUUACUCUCCACCGCCGCCGUCUACUUAUUACUACUCAUCUCCACCACCACCGGCGACGUCCACCGGAGGAGGUGGAACAGGUGGUUUGUAUUAUUAUCCUCCGCCGAAUGGUGGGACUGGGAACGGGAACUAUCCUACUCCGCCGCCUCCAAAUCCAAUUGUACCGUACUUUCCUUUCUACUACCACACUCCGCCACCUUCCGCGGCGGCGCCUCCACUAUUUAAGGGAUCCGUAAUGCUCUGCGCCGUGUCGUUUCUGGUGUUGUUUUGA